AUGUCAGACGCAUUCAGUGCCCAGCUCUCGGCAUUCAAGAAGUCCCUCAAGUCCACAUCGGACCUCCCGCAACAGCGGCGAGUUCCUCUUGCAGCUACAUCUGCUCCAGCAGAGUCUCCAUCGAAACCAUCGCAGAAUACAAGUGGCGUUACCGGGAUCCAGCCGUCUUUGGACACAUCAUCGGGACCGUUGGUUAAGAAGCAGAAGGUGGGAAGAGACCCGUCUCCGCUGCCAGGUGAUGGGGGGAAGUUGUCUGGAAUUGCCGAACGGGCCCAAUUAAGUGCCGCUGCACAAGCUGCAAGAACAGCCAAUGAGGGGAACUUGACCAUGAAGCUAAUGACUUCAUCGGAUUAUAUUAAGAGUAAGGACAGGGAGGUUCCAAUUUUCGAACUGGAGACAUCGCUCGGAUUCAAAGUUGAUUCUGCGUUGAUGAAAUGUUUGACUAAUGUUGAUAGAAUUAAGUACAAUCCAACAACGAGCUCCUUUGUUUAUCUCUCCUUGCACAACAUCAAAACGGGAGAAGACUUGCUGAACGUGCUCAAAAACCAACCGGCAUUCACAGGGUUAUCUGUGAAACAACUCAGAGAUGGCUGGAACAAGUGUAUACCCACCUUGGAGCAGUUGGAGAAGGAGAACCUCAUUAUUGUCCACAAGACAAAGAAGGACAACUCUCCAAGACAUAUCUGGCUCAAUCCCGACCAUCUCCCCAUUAGGGUCUACAAUGGGGUCUCCUCAUUGCAAAAUUUUGAGAUGUUUGUUAACCAGUCUUCCAACACCCAGGUGAAAGAACAAACCAAGACCAAGUCUCUCGACGUUGUCUUUUAUGAGAUGUGGAACGAUGUCCACAUUCCUCCGCAUGAAGAAUUGGUGAAACUGCUCAUUGCCAAUGGCCUCACUCCAACAAACGCCAACCGUGAGGAUAAAAAGACCAAAAAGGUCAAAAACGUCCAGGAACGUAAGCAAAAGAGAUCCAGGCGCAGCAAAAUCACAAAUAUCCACAUGAAGGGUAUAUUGAAGGACUACUCCAGCAAGACAAAAUAG